AAGCAUUCCCAGAUCGUAUUCCCCCCGGGUUCUUCGCCGCAGCAAAAUCCGCUUCUACCUUUUCCUGAAACCUUGCCUGCCCAUAACUCUCUUACAUCUAUUUCGAUCGAAAUUGCUAUGAUUCGUCGGAAAUAUUUGAGUUGGGCUGUAGUGUGCCUUUUGGUACUUUCGACUUUUUCUGACCCGUCCGUAUCUGAACCACAAUCCCGUUGGGCUGCCAAGAAAAAACGCAUGAGAGAGAAAGCUCGCGAGAUGUUUUACCAUGCUUAUGACAACUACAUGACUCAUGCAUUCCCGCAUGAUGAGCUAAAGCCUCUGACCAAAACAUUCACGAACUCCCUUAGUGAGCUCGGAAAUUUGAAGCUUGAACACUUGCCUCAAGACUAUAAUGGAUCAGCCCUUACACUUAUUGAAUCAUUGUCUAGCCUGAUUAUUAUGGGCAACAACACUGAAUUCAAGAGGGCAGUGCUCUGGCUUUCUGAAAAUCUAACAUUUGAUGUUGAUGCACGAAUAAAUCUUUUUGAGUGCAACAUUAGAGCUCUUGGAGGACUUGUCUCUGCUCAUCUUCUUGCAUCAGAUUCUGCAAAUAAUUUUUUUCAAGGAGACUACAAAAAUCAGCUGCUAGUACUGGCUGAAGAUUUAGGGAACCGCUUUCUGCCAGCAUUUAAUACACCCACGGGUUUGCCAUAUGCAUGGAUCAACUUAAAGUAUGGAGUGAUGGAGAAUGAGACUACAGAAACGAGCACUUCGGGUUGUGGUUCUUUGAUUCUUGAAAUGGGUGCUUUAUCAAAAUUGACUGGUGAUCCUAUAUAUGAAUCAGUGGCUUUACGUGCUCUUCACAAGCUAUGGAGCAUGCGGAGUUCAUUAAAUUUAUUUGGAACUACUCUAGAUGUGGAAACUGGGGAAUGGAUAGAAUUUUCAUCAGGAAUUGGAGCGGGGGUUGAUUCAUUCUACGAGUAUCUUCUUAAAGCCCAUAUCCUUUUUGGGAAGGAAGACUUCUGGAGAAUGUUUCAUUCUGCUUGUGUUGCUGUGCAGAAAUAUUUCAGACAUGGUCCUUGGUACCAUGAAGCUGAUAUGAGGACAGGAAGGGCAACUUAUUGGCAACUUACAAGUCUUCAAGCAUUUUGGCCUGGCCUACAGGUUCUUAUUGGGGACAUUACUGCUGCUAAUUCAACACAUCGUGAGUUCUACCAUGUGUGGGAGAAAUUUGGAGUGCUUCCAGAGAGGUAUUUGUUGAACCAUCAGAUGCUGCAUCCUGCUGAAAAAUAUUAUCCAUUGCGCCCUGAAUUUGCAGAGUCAACAUUCUAUUUAUAUCAAGCAACUAAAGAUCCAUGGUAUAUUAAAGUGGGUGAAACAAUAAUUAAUUCCCUCAACGCAUACACCAAAGUUGAAGGUGGAUUUGCAAGCGUCAGGGAUGUGAAAACAAUGGAGCUGGAAGAUCAUCAGCAUAGUUUUUUCCUUGCUGAAACGUGCAAAUAUUUAUAUCUUCUAUUUGAUGAUUCAUUUUUAAAAGAUGGUAAUUACAUAUUUACCACUGAAGGCCAUCCCCUUCCAGUACUAAGUGUUUGGCAAGAAAGGCUCCCAGAAACUUACAUUCCUACUAAUUGGACUUACAUGAAGGAUGGGAAAGCAUACAAAAUAAGUGCAAUGUCAAUGCAAGUAUGUCCAGCGGUGACUCUAAGUUCAGGAAAACAUAUUGAGAGUGGAUGCCAUGUACCUGACGCUCGCAGUGACCACAGGUGUUUCGCCGAUGAAGAUUGUGGAGUUGACUCCACAACAUGCAGAAGAAGGUCAUGUAGUAUGGCUGGUUAUUGUGGCUUAUGGCUCUCCAUAUGAUUCAUCAUGCUGUUUCAUUUUACGCACAUUUUUUCACCCUCCUAAUAUGUCGAAAUCCCAUGAUGAUUUAGAAAUUAGAAUCCAGGAAGUUUUUUCGAUAUUUAUUGUUUAACAAUAUCUGAUUUUGUAAAAUGGGAGAGGGAGAAUAAAUUAAUAGGCGUACGUCUCGCGUUCUCUUUUU